AUGCACAUACCCACUGCUGCUUCCACGGUCAAUGCCAGCCCGAUAGCGUCACUGCAUCUCUUUGCCCAGGAAGAUGGAUCGCAACCCGGCGGCGGCUACGAAAAGUGGUCGUCUUUCAUCGGCAUUGUCACGGCGAUUGUGGGAAAUCUCCUCAUCUCCUUUGCCCUGAACACCCAGAGAUAUGCGCACAUUCUCAUAGAUCGCGAGUACUCCGAAUCCAGAAAAUCCUUCGCGAAUGGACACACAGCUUCGGGGCAUGUGCCCGGUGCCGCCGACGAUGAGCAGGAAGAGAUCGCGGAAGAGCGAAGGAGGAAAAACCUCGAGACAUCCGAUCGCAAAAGAAGUGUGGAUGAAGAAUCGAGUGGAUCAGCGCAGCGUUCCUCUCAAGAUACCUUACAGCCCUCUCUGGGACCAGCCCAGCAGGACCAUCGCCGAGAGAAAGACUCAACCAGUGACACUGAGAGAGCGUCCUACCUCAAGUCGCCAUACUGGUGGCUCGGUCUGGUGCUCAUGAUCAUUGGCGAGGCGGGCAAUUUCCUUGCCUAUGGCUUCGCUCCCGCGUCCAUUGUCAGCCCCUUGGGGGUUGUUGCCUUGAUCUCAAAUUGUCUGAUUGCCCCGCUCAUGCUCAAGGAACGGUUUCGUCGACGCGAUCUGUACGGAGUUUUGGUUGCAAUUGCCGGCGCUGUCACCGUCGUGCUAUCCGCCAGAAGCAGUGAGGCCAAAUUCGGCCCUGGUGAACUAUGGAAAACCAUAAAGAGAUGGGAAUUCCUCCUUUACGUGAUCAUCACGGUGGUGCUCAUUGGGGCUCUGAUGUAUGCGGAGCCACGAUAUGGUCGCAAGACCUUACUUGUCGACCUUGGUCUGGUGGCGUUGUGCGGAGGCUACACUGCGCUCUCCACCAAAGGCGUCUCGUCGCUGUUGUCGGUGUCUCUUUACAAGGCGUUUACCUUUGCCAUCUUCUACUUCCUUGUCCUUGUCCUUGUUGCCUCAGCCCUGAUGCAGAUACGGUAUCUGAAUCGUGCUUUGCAGAACUAUGAUUCGACGCAGGUUAUACCGACUCAAUUUGUACUUUUCACCCUUUCCGUCAUUAUUGGCUCGGCGGUGCUGUACCGAGAUUUUGAACAUACCACAUUGGACCAGGCGAUUAAAUUUGUCAUUGGAUGCCUUUUGACCUUCUUUGGCGUAUACCUCAUCACGAGCCAACGUCACGAGAUAGGUGAAGCUGAAGAAUUAGCUAGAGACGAGGAGGAGACGAUACAACUUAUUGACGAGGAGGCAGAAGACGUUGAUGAGCGGACGCCAUUGAAUCGCGAUGCACCAAAGCCAACUCGCCCACAGGUGGACGGGUAUCCAGUGAUCACCAAUUCGGAGCAAGCACAAGCUGUGACUGCCACGCCACAUACACCACGACGAUUAUCAAAUGCUUCCUCGGUCUUGCCAUCAAUCUCAGUAACACCUGCUGAACCUUCUGAAGAUCUUAUAUCAAACCCGUGGCUCUCUUCCACCGAGCAAUUUGACGCUUCACUGCCCCCUUCAACACCCCAAACUGGUGGAGCCCGCGAGGAAUUUACACCCUUCUACACCCCUGGCACAUCAAGACCCCUUCAACGUUCCGCCUCGUCACCUGCAGAGCCAGAAACACCCUCGAAACUAUCCGCGUCUCCUCGACCGCCCAGCCCAGACCGCUCUGCAAGACCUACACCAGACGACAACUCUCCCAGCCCCAGUUUUCUCGCCCGUGGCGGUAGGGGAAGCAUUUCGCGUCUUUUCCCCCUCCCAGGUCCACUGUUGCCCCCUCUUUCCAACUCACUCAGCGCGCUGGUGGCAGACUCAUUACUGAGAGGCGAAGGGUCGCCACGCUCCGUGCGUGCUGCACUUCGCCGCCCCCGUUCUGGGCGGCACUCCAUCGACGACCGACGACGAACCGUGGCUGCUAUUGGAGACACCGACGGAUUUGAUCCGUUAGCAGCGUUGAACAUGCACUGGCAAAAUCACAGCGCUGACAGCGCUCAAGAGCUCAGCCGUGCACAGACGCACGAGGCCAGGCCUCCAGGGGUUCAAGGUGAUGGAGACGAAGCGGAUCUUGCCUUGGACGGGGAGAGUGAUAGUGCCAAGAGGAAAACAAGACUACGGGCAUUGAGCGAGACCUUGAGCGGGAUGAUGAGUCGUCGCUCAUCUGGUCGGAAGCAGAGCGAGAGUCAUGGCAAAGGAAAAGAUGGACCCGAGACUGCUGAUGACGGCGGUGAAGACACCACGGGUAGUGCAGCGGAGCAGUAA